AUGUCACAUCUUCAACAACUUACGAUAUAUGACGACGACGGUAAUGACGACGACGGUAAUGACGACGACGGUAAUGACGACGACGGUAAUGACGACGACGGUAAUGACGACGACGGUAAUGACGACGACGGUAAUGACGACGACGGUAAUGACGACGACGGUAAUGACGACGACGGUAAUGACGACGACGGUAAUGACGACGACGGUAAUGACGACGACGGUAAUGACGACGACGGUAAUGACGACGACGGUAAUGACGACGACGGUAAUGACGACGACGGUAAUGACGACGACGGUAAUGACGACGACGGUAAUGACGACGACGGUAAUGACGACGACGGUAAUGACGACGACGGUAAUGACGACGACGGUAAUGACGACGACGGUAAUGACGACGACGGUAAUGACGACGACGGUAAUGACGACGACGGUAAUGACGACGACGGUAAUGACGACGACGGUAAUGACGACGACGGUAAUGACGACGACGGUAAUGACGACGACGGUAAUGACGACGACGGUAAUGACGACGACGGUAAUGACGACGACGGUAAUGACGACGACGGUAAUGACGACGACGGUAAUGACGACGACGGUAAUGACGACGACGGUAAUGACGACGACGGUAAUGACGACGACGGUAAUGACGACGACGGUAAUGACGACGACGGUAAUGACGACGACGGUAAUGACGACGACGGUAAUGACGACGACGGUAAUGACGACGACGGUAAUGACGACGACGGAGACUACUGA